AUGUACUUCGGCUAUGUUCUGUCCAUUACAGUCCUCCUUCUCUCGCUCCCUUCGGUUAGUCAUGGAUCGGUUUCUCGAAGUGAGUUCUUGCCCCAUCCAUUCCUAAACUUGCAAUACUUGCCUUUUUUUCCCCUCCAGUCAUUCUCACCUUGGUCAUUUUCUUUCUCACGCAGGUCGUUAUAAACGGAAGCUACAGUUCUCGCCUCCAUGCCCUGAGGAGGGCUACCGCUUCGACAAAGGUGAGGUCUUAUGCAUACGUGAAGUGUAGACAUGCAGUCAUUGAGUAAGAUUUCUUUGAUGUAGUCGUCUUCUGCAGAUAGAAUCCGAGUAUGCGUAGGGCCUGUGUGUGUGUAGGGAAGGAUAUUAGGUCAGUUUUGAGAGAGAGUCAGGCUGCAAUGGCUCCUUUUUAAUGUGGCCUUUAUGGCAUUCCCACCACAAUGUGGGAUCCGAGCCAGGCGUUGGCGGCACGCCCAGGUGCGGCUUCGGCCGUGCCAGCCUCCAAAUCUCUCUUGUGUUGGUUGAAAUCCUGGUCUUGGUUUGUGGACCAGGGGUGCGGAGUGGAGCGCCAAGGCGACGAUCCGUCCGAGCCAUCCACCUGCGGUCUCCCUCGUCUCCGGUCUUCUUGACUCUGUCUUGACACCGGGCCCAGGCGGGGGAGGAGGAGAGAGUGUAGGUAGAUGCAGUGCAAGUCUACCGGCACUAUAAACCCCUGCGCAAGUCACCGUCCCUGCUCCCACCGCUGCUGCAGCUGUGGGGCAAACGGUGGACAUCGUCGAAAUCGACGGUCGAACUGUCAUUAGGUCAGUUUGAUUCUUAGGUGGGAAAAGGAAGAGGGGUUAUUACGUUCAUGCCCAACUGUGGCCUUAAUUGUCCGUCUCCUUUGACUUUCGACAGAAACUGGAAACUUCCUCUGCCUCGUGCCCACUGGCAAGGAGUGCUUCGAAUUGUGCCAACAACAUCAUUGCAAUGAGUGGUCAGCCUUCAACUUCAUGUACAGCAAGGACACGAAGGUACGUCAUCGGCAGGCCUGUCGGUGUGUUCGGCCCUUCAAUAUGUGUCUCUACAACUACGUUCCUUAA